CAUUUGUUCAUGAAAUGUCUUUGUAUUGAUGAAAGACAUUGUAAAUCGAAGAACAUUUAUUCCGUUGAGAUUCCGUCUAAGUAGUCUAGGGGCCACAAUUGCGUCGAAGGUCAUUUCCAUUUACUUGUGCCCUGUUUUAACUGCUAUAUCAGUUACAUAUCCACAAGGCCUCGUGUAUGCGAAAGAGUGACAAGUAAAAACGCGAUAUCGCUAAGAAAUAUGGAUAAGAAUACACAUGAAAAAACAUCUGGGAAACUCCGCCGGCGGUGUCACUCACUACCUUCCUUGAAGAUAUUAAGUAAGGUUCGUGAAGAGAGCCAUAUAUUAGGCGAGAACAUUCAUCGCAGCAUCUCUCGAAGUUCCAAAGUCAAGCAUCUUCCCUCGACUCUUCCGCAGUACCUGGCUACUGUUAGAGGUUCGCGAUUAGUCUCUCAACCCGAAGACGAAGACUACGAUAGUGACGAGGAAGAUCGCAAAAACGGCGUUCCUAUCAUAGUGACAGAGAACCGCGGUUGCAAGUUUAACCCUACCAUGACAACGAACGUUUCCCGUGAAAUAAGAGAAAAGUUGGAGAAAAAGAGAAAGCUCCAGGAGCUCCAGGCUAUCGCUGAGCCGAGAUAUCUUCAAGCUCGUGCACGGUACUUUGAGAGGCGUGGACUGGAUUGGGACAUCCAGGUGUGGUCAAAUUUCUUCAGGCUUGAAGACAACUACUUCAAGAUAACUGAUAAAAUUUAUAACAUAGAAUGUGAAAUAACCAACCUCGAAGCAAAGCUCUCUAGCUUUACUACGAACCACAUUUUUAAUCGGAAAACCGGCCACUGGAACAUUGAGGGAAAUGGUACUCGGACUUGGUUCUUAGAUGGUGGCGAUAAUAAACAGGAUACAUAGAUGGGAACCUUGAAGCUUUUUUGUCGAGGUGCCCUUAACUGACGCAAGUCUUCAGCCAGGGAUUAGAAGGUAUUAUGGUAUUCACAUGACCUGGUAGCCUACACUCAGAAUACAAAGCAUGAACAAUAUAUACAUAA